AUUCAAGACAAAAAAACAAAAAGAAAAAAACACAUUCGAUUUACGUAAGAAGAAGCAUACUAUCAUUUUCAUCCCAAAAAGAAAGAGAAAAAAAAAAAAAUGGGAAUACAACUCUCUCACAUACAUGAGGUCCAAGAUUCAUGCCAGGAAAAGCCAUCUAGAGUCAAAGCCCUCCAUACCAAGGACCAAUGGAAGAAUCAGUUCAAUGCCUGCAAGAAUAGUGACAAGCUGUUGGUGAUUGAUUUCACUGCUACUUGGUGUGGACCUUGCCGUUUCAUGGAGCCAAUCCUUAAUGAGUUUGUAGACAAAUACUCAGAUGUCGAGUUUGUCAAGGUUGACGUAGAUGAACUGCCGGACGUGGCAACGGAAUAUGGAGUGCAGGCCAUGCCUACAUUUUUACUACUUAAGAGGGGGAACCAGGUUGACAGGGUUGUGGGGGCAAGCAAGGAUGAUCUGCAGGAAAAAAUUGAGAAGCACAGGAAGUAAUACUACUUUGAAGCAACUUUGAUGCUGUCUGCAGUGCUAUGGAAAAAGAGAAGAUAGUAUACAAAUGUCUUCUUAAAUAAAGAACUUAUUCUUUUCAGAGAACAGUUAAGGGUGACUGGGGCCCUUUUUUUUCUUUUUUUCUUUUUUUUCUUUUUUGGGGUUGCGUUUAAUGCUGGUAUGUCCCAGCUUUUCUUUUACGUUGUUAUUAUAAGAUUUCUGAAAAUGAUGAAAGCAAAUUUAAGAAAGCAAGAGUGUAAUGAUGCCAGAUGAUAUGGUCCUCCUUAAUAAUGUCGGCACUGGCUACCUGUAGUGGGGUUUGAUGGAGUUAGGUUUUGUUUAUGUUCGAGUGGGUCCAAUAUUAUCUCUAGAGGACUCAAUAAAGGGAGGAAAAAAUCUAUCUAUAAAAACAAAAAUAGAAAAAUUAUUCUA